AUGGAACCCCCUACAUAUUCCACGCGCUCUAAGCGUAAAUCUUCAGAAUUAGAACCCUAUUCACCACCCCUUUCAAAGAAAUCACGAACAUCACUUGAUCUUCCACCUUCUUCUCCAUUAUCUUCACCUUCUUCCACGUCAGCUGACCCCGUCUUGGCUCAAUGUUCAAUGGACUCUGAAAAUCUUGAUCUCGAUGCCAACAUACCUCUUCGAGGCGGGUUUCGCGGGAGAGGUCGUGGACGCGGUCGAAUUCGUGGUGGAGGGAGAGUUGGGAGAAAUGGCAAUGCGAAAAUCCCCGUUGCGAGGGCGGGUGGUGUAGAGAUUCUGGCGGGUGUGGCGGGCGGAAAAGCUACUCGUGGAAGAGGUGGCCAUCGAGUGAAAAAAUCAAGUAAUGCGAGGAUACAGAGUUUGUAUCAUCGGAAACAAUUGCUGAAAACUCAGUAUAAACAGGUGGCGUUGUUGCAGCGGGUCGCCCUGGAUGUUAUCUCAGAUAAAUCAUUACAGGCCAUGAGUGAGGAUCCGAAGUACCAUGAGACGUUGCCAGAAUAUCAGAUUGUCAUGGAUCAAUUGGCUGAGAGAUAUGAAGAGAGAGUUGCGCUGUUGAAAGAGCAACGUAGGAUUCAAUUGGAAUAUGCAAAGAGGCAGAGGCAGUUUGGAGAGGAUUACACUAGAGGGGUCUAUGAGACACGAGUAGAAUUGAUUCAGGAGAAGUAUGAUUUAAUGAUCAAGAGGAGACUUAUUGAAGAAUAUCAACAAAUGGAAGUUCGAUAUGGUGCUGAUAGUCCUUCUCAGCAUGAUUUUGAUCAUUCACAUAUCAAGAGAAUUCCUGAAGAGACUUUUGUUCACCCUGCUGAUGCGUGGGUCAAUGGUGGUCGUGCUGCACAGCUGGCUGCUGAAGCAGAGAAAGAGAAAGGGAAAAAGCGGGGCGGUCGUGGAAAGAAAUCCACAAAGUUGCCUGCAUCCCCAUUCAAACCUUUGGAUAUCAUGAUGCCGGAUGAUAGUGAAGUUGCACCCAAGAAAACGGCUUUGUAUCAACCUGCGACUUCAUUGUCUCUUGCCACUACUGUGGAUGGAGAUUCUGCAGCUCCCACCCCGGCCGAGUUGACCGAACAAGAAGAUGCAGAUGAGCUCGAAACUGACAAGUUUGGAGUUUACAUACCUAAUAAAGCAAGACCCAGAAAUGGCGAUCCACCAAACAAUCGUAUAGUGGUCGAGCCUCCAUUUACUUUCGACCCAGAUGAAAUAGGUAUCCGUCAUCACCAUUACAAAAAGUACAACAAGAAUGAUCUUCCUACAUUCAUUGGAAUGGAUCCUUCUCCACAACCAAAGACUUUUCAUUAUGAUCCGUGGGUGAGAAAUCAUCAUUCUACGAACAAUCGACCAGAAGAUUUGGAUCAGGCAAUAGUCGAGACUCAUAAACUACAUCCGACUUUGGGCUUACCUGUGAAGGGGUCUAUAAAUCCUACACUUACAACAAGGAGUGAUUGGAGCAAGCCUGUAGCAGAGACUAAACCUGUUGUCUUCGUUGUCGAAACUCGAGAUGAAGAAUCACUCAAGCCAAGAUUUGAGACUUCCCGAUCCGCAUGGAUGGCACGUACCGAAAGGGAAUUUGCGGAUCUUGGCGAUCAGCUCAAGAUGGCUGAAUCAUUAGAAGCGAUUGGACUUCGUGAUCCUAUUCUUCGUCCGAUCGAGAAGAAGGUCGAACCUCAAAUUAUUGGCAAGAUUAGCGACGAUCUGAUGGAAGCUGUAUCGGAGGCUGUAAAUGUCUUAAACAAGCCCGCCCCCCCAACAGCAUCCUCAAUCAGAGCAACGUCAACAGCUCCUCCAACUUCAAUACCUGGAACACCUGCGCCUGCACAGAGAACGCAAGGUUAUGAUCCAGUCCGUGAUACUGGAUAUUCUCCUCAUUUACGUCGAUCUCCAGUCAGAACUUUCAACAAUAAAACCUUAGAUAUCCUCGCCAAUGCAGCCGAAUUUCACGGGGCGUCUUUACCUCGCGGGGGAUUGCCGCAGCCAAUGAUUCCAGCUCCAAGGCCAAUGCAACAAAUCCAAUACACUUUUUCCCAGCCAGAAUUUUAUAGACAGCCUCCAGCAUUUGUACCUCCACCCCCACAUAUGACUCUGCCACCACCUCUACCUAUGACUCUUCCCCCUCCUCCUCAACCGCUUCAGCAACAAACUCAAUUCUUUCAAUAUGCAGGUCCUCCUCAAGCUCAAGGUGGUCCUCAUAAUAAGUAUAAAGAGAUUCUUCCUGCACCACCACAACCACAAAGACGUGUGCCGCCGCCUUCAUUACCUCCUGUACCGCGAAGCAAUGGAUUUAAUCCAUUUGUAAACGGGACAGGGUAUGGAAAUGGUUCGGGAAGGGGACCUUGA